AUGUAUAAUACAUUACUGUUUCUUUCUAUAUUUGUGAAUUUCUCUUUUAUUUCUGCUCAGAUUCCACAACACAACUCAACGUAUAUAGACAAGUCAGAUAACAUUCUCCGAGUACCAGCGAUAGCAUACGAUGACCAGAAAACCAGAAGGAAAUACAAGAAGACGCCGAAGAGCACGAUCCAGAAGAUAAUCAAGAGGAACAGGAUGAAGAUAAAGAAGUUAUAUGUCCAUCAGAUGACAAAGCCCACACUUCAGCCGAAACCAAUGGGCACGUUCAGAACAGAACCAAAGUUAAAAGACGAACAAACGACACAAGCGAAUAAAAGAAGACAAAAGAAAUGGAACUCUAAAGUCGUUAGAAAUAGAACGCCUUUUCAGAACUUACAGAGAAAUAGAUUUAGAAGAAGCUUAGAGAGUGAUAAUUUGUUUGUUAUCAGAGAUUUAGAUGAAAUUGAGUUUUUGGGUAAAGACAAUGAUUCUGUUACAGUGAAUGCCCAUGUUAAGAGGUAUUGGUGA